GUCCUGGUUUGUGUGACACGUAAAGAAACCUUUUGUCUCUGGUCUCAUCGGGUCGCGUGAUUCUGAGGACAUGGAGGCGGCUGGGGAAAUCUCUCCAGAUGUUCUGCGCUGUACCGUGUGUCUGGAUGACUACAGGCCGCACGGCUCUCUCAAGCCGCGCAUGUUACCCGUAUGUUUGCACACCUUCUGUGAGGGAUGUCUGGAGAAGCUCGGAGGAGACAGCGCCUACAGCAUCUCCUGCCCCAUUUGUCGAGUAUUCAAUGAUGUAUUUGGGAAAGACGGGGUCCAGGCUUUGCCCAUCAACACCAAGGUGCCCUACUUUGAAACCGUAGAGGAGGAGACGCAGGAAUCUGAUAUCCUUGACUUCGUUGAGCCCAAUGCGCCCUCCUGCCCGGUCUGUGGCAGCGUCACCCUGUUUGCCCCCUUUGGGGAGGAAGCGGAUAUCACCCAGUGCCACACCUGCCAGUGGCUGAGCGUAGAAGUCAUGGAGCUGACCGGAAGGGUGGCGGCACCUGCCCAACCUGAAGAAUGAUCGGGUACUUCAGGAAGCGCUUUUCGUCCCGCUGAUGAUGCCGAGAACUCAAGGGCUCCUCGGCGGAUAAAUCUGCGUCACAGAAUGCUAGCCGCGCCUGGCAGUUAUUGUACAGCGCUGCGGAGUACGGCAGCGAUAUAUCGCUCGAUGAAUCGCAUUAGAACGGAUCUUCAGAAGCUUCACGGGAGCUGAAUACCCGCACUCCUGUCCUGAGCACUCAUACUCCGGCUCAGGGGCUCCGUACUCCGUAUAGCUUUAUGAGCCACAGACGCUUUCUGGACCUUUCUGAAGUCUCAAAUGUUACGCAAUAAAGGUGUCCGCUUCCAAUAGAUGGCGCU